AUGGAUUCCUCGCAGCUGUUGACCCAUACGUUGGGCGACAAAGAGUUGGCGAAUGAGAUAAAGAGGUGUCGUGUGCUUCUGGUGGGCGCCGGUGGUAUCGGUUCCGAAGUGAUUAAAGAUCUGCUGCUAAUGGGCUUCGAGACCAUAGAGAUGAUAGACUUGGACACUAUCGACGUGUCGAACCUGAACCGCCAGUUCCUCUUCAACCGGCAACAUGUGGGCAAAAGUAAGGCAGAGAUCGCGUCUGCGGUGGCGGUCGACCUCUUCGGCCACAACUCGUCGGUCAAAGUGAAAGCCAUCCACAACUCCAUCAUGUCGUCCGAGUUUGGCGUCGAUUACUAUAAGAGCUUUACUCUUGUGAUCAAUGCGUUGGACAACAAAGCGGCCCGAAGUCACGUGAACCGCAUGUGUCUGGCGGCAGACGUGCCGCUCAUAGAGUCGGGCUCUGAGGGCUAUAUGGGACAGGUAUUCCUCAUCAACAAAGCCGUCACCCAAUGCUAUGAGUGCGAGGGACCCAAACAGGACAGCCGUACGUACGCCUCGUGUACUAUACGCAACACUCCGUCCCUUCCCAUCCAUUGCAUCGUUUGGGCCAAACAUCUCUUCGCGCAACUGUUCGGUGAAGUGGACGCCGACAACGAUGUGAGCCCUGACACCAAUGACCCGGAGUUGGCCACCAGUCAUAAGAAUGACACCAAUGGCAAGAAUGGCUCGACUCCAGCGGCUAAACAGCAAUCGACCAGAGAUUGGGUGCAAAGCUGUGAUUAUAACACGAAACGAGUAUUUGAUAAGUUGUUUAAAACAGAUAUCGAGUAUUUGCUGAAAAUGGAAAAGUUGUGGGAAAGCAGACAAAAGCCAAUUCCCGUCGAUUACGACAGAGUGGUGGCCAAUGACAUCGAGUUUGACGCCAUUGAGGGCAGCAGUAGUUCCCGUUUCGGAUUGAAUGGUUCGGGAGAUAAUAGUCAACCCGAUCUCAAAGACCAAAAGCUUUGGUCAAUCACUGAGUGUUUGUCUGUUUUCGAUGAGAGUCUUAAAGAACUGAAGACUCGUUUGAAGGCAUUGCAAGAGAAGAAUGAGAAGGAGUUCUUGGUUUGGGAUAAAGACGACGACUCGGCUUUGAAUUUCGUGACCGCCGUCUCGAAUCUGCGGUCGUUUUGCUUUCAUAUCAGCCGUAAAUCGAGAUUUGAUGUCAAAUCAAUGGCUGGCAAUAUAAUACCCGCCAUUUCGUCGACCAACUCAAUAGUCGGCGGUUUAAUUGUUUUGCAAACUCUCAAUGUUUUGCGAAAUAUUGUUAACAAACAAAAGUCAGAAAUGUCUAAAGAAGAGGCCGAC